AGGAGGUUGUCAGCUGUGAUGUAAUGGAAUAAAGUGCAAGGCCUAUAAACAUUUGCAAACAUGGACUGCGUUUGGGCUUGCACCAAGAUGAUGGACCGUCCACGAAAGAGGAUCAAGGGUAGAGCUGAUGCAGCCAGGUUAAGAAGGGUUAAACCAGCCACCAAAAAACAUGUGUCAGGAGCUAGCUUACCCAUAUUAAGUGUACCUGCCUCACCUAGUCAUUCAGAGGUCAAAACUCAAAAGAGUUGUACAGAUCAUGACCCAAAUGGUGCUACACGCUUUGAGGUGGUUUUGUCCUGCACAGAGGAUCAAAGUGACAUUAGUUCCCUGGUGGAGGCUGAGGAGACAUCAUCUACCAUUGGUUACAUAUCAGGACCUAGUAUGGUUUGUAGGGAUUUGGAAUUAAAUAUGCCAACAUGUAAGACAGAACCUUGUAAAUUCAAGGCUAGUUCAAAGAAGGAGUAUGAAGAUCCUGUUAAGAAAUUAAGAGUAUCUGAUACUGAAUGCAAACAAGGGUUGAGUGUUGGUGACAAUAUUGUUGGAAAAAGUGAAUUGCAACAUGAAAAUACUUUGAGUCCUGAAAACCAAGGUAUAUUUUUGAAAUCAGUCUUUGAUCAUCACAGUGGAAGUGAUAAUGUAACCUCAGCUAUAAAGCUGGGUGAAGAAAUUACAGGUAACACAAACGGCCAGCACCAUGAAAAUUACCAGUCUGUAAAUCUGGAAGGACUGCACCUUAAUGAUGAUAAUGGAAUAUCAUUUGUAAAACUAGACAAGAAAAAUGCAGAAAACACAGAUGUCCAGCACAAUGAAAAAGAUAAUGGAAUCUUGCCUUUAAUGCUGGUUGGAAAUAUUGCAGAUGACACAUGGGACAAGCGCCAUAAAAAUAACACUGUGUCUAUAAAUUUGGAUGGAAGAAUUGCUGAUAGCACAGUUGAACAGCACGGUGAAAAAGAUGGUAAAAUUUCUUCUAUAAUGCUGGAUGGACAAAAAGCAGAUUACUCAAAUAGCCUGCACAUUCAUGAUAAUGGAACCUCAUCUGCUGAGCUUAGUAGAAAAACUGCAGGUAUUGGAAGUUGCACAUUAUUCAGUGAGAUAGGCCACAUCUCUAAAGAAGCAGAAAUCUUGAACAAAUCACAGAUGUUAAUCCAAAAGAAAAUCAAAAGAGAAGAGAACAUCUGUAAUUCAGAUAUUGUUAAGGAAGGAGUGAUAAGAAAACAAAAAGUUAUAAACACUCCUUCAUUAAAAUACACUGAAGAUUCUGUAGUCAGUGUGGAGAAGAAAACAGAUGAGAAAAUAGAAAAUAAAAGUAAGGAGGGAAGUGCACUGACAUUGCAAAUCAGAGAACCAGUCUGUAUCAAUGAUAAAGAAACAAGUUCACGGAAUGUUGAAGACAGGGGGGAAGCCUCUCCUAAUAAUGAUGCAAAUUUGAAGAAAAAUGCUCCCCAGACACAAAAGAAACCAGUCAGGAAAAAAUAUCCCAACGUUAGAUUGGAAUCGAAAGUGAUUGAUGUUCUUUGUAAGAAUUUGGAAAGCACUUUAAAAGAAAAAGAUGCAGAAGACAAUGAGAAUCGUCUUCAUUUGCAGAAAUUAACUUCUGUGACACAUCCAUUAAGCAAUUUUAAGGAAGUAAAGGUUUUGGAUUUUCAACCAAGUGUUUGUACGGUGACAAAAGCAAAAAAAAGUUUGACAAAGACUACCAUUCUGGACUUGUCAUCUAGGCUGUGCAAAAUAUCAGAAGAACGGGGUCAUGUAGCCAUAGAUACUAUUGGCUCAAGAUCAGAAGAAGAAAAUAAUUCUGAAAGACACAAUACAUCAACAGAAAUGCCAGGAAUAGCUUGUGCUAGUACAUCAGAUGCUGUACUUAAGAAUCAGAAUACUGCUAUAUGUAGCAAGAUAGAAGAAAUGCAAGAUAGGUCAAAAUGGUUUACAGAUGAUCAGAGAACAGUACAAACUUUGCCAGAAGGAGAAAGAGAGAAAAAUGUAGAAAUAAGAAAGCAGACUGGCAUGUUAAUUUCUGAGUGUAGUAGGUUAGGGACACUAAUUAUACAUGAAGAAAACAAUCAUAUAGUUGCCGAUGGCAAUGUGUCAUUACAUGAUCAGGAUUCAGACAGUAAAGACUUAUCAAGAGAUGGUCAUAAUUUGCUGAACUUAAUUGCUCAAAAUUCAAUAUCAGUUGCUGAAGGAUUUUCAUGUAGUGAGAACAUGGGAUCGACUGUAUUUGGAAAGGAGUUUAACCAACCAAUUGAGGGUACUAAAUCUGUUAUGAGAGAGGAAAUUUACAAUAAUGGAAAAGAUACAGAAAGCAAAGAAUCAGUAAUGGAGGUCCAGGAGACUAAUAAUGAUAAAAAAGAUGAUCUUGAUACAAAAAACUUUACAGCAAAAAUAAAUCUUGAGUGUCAGUGGCAAGAUUUGAAUUCAGUAGAUGAAAAAAGGGCAGAAAGCACUGAAAGGCAUACUCAAAAAGUGGAAAAACACCACCUGAGAGGCUUAGAUGCGAAUCAAGGUGGCACCAGUAUGAAAGGAUUUGAAUUUGAAGGCUUUGUGAAGGUUCAGAAAUUUGAAAAAGAAAUAACCAAAGCAGUUAAAGAUAAUAUUUGUUCCAAACCUCUGGACUGUCUUGUACAGAAACAAGCCUGCAAAGGUGUGCCAGAAUCAAGUGGCGUGAAAGAAAAUACCUCUGACCCAUUAUUGCAGUCUGAUGUCAUAAAUAUUUCUCAUUGGCAGGUGAAGAUGACCUCUCUGCUUACGAUAUCAGGAGCCCUAGGCUGCAAAAAACAGCUUCUAAUAGUACCACGUUCAUACUUAACUGUGGAACUGGUGAUGGCAGCCAUUAGCCUUGGAAAAUUUUCUUACAAAGAUAUUCACUCUUGGAUUUGCAAAAUAUGUAGACCAGUAAAUAGAGACUUCACAGAAGUAAUCAGAAAACAGUUUAUGCAGUAUGAACUAUUACACACAAUCAUCUCAAAAAAUUGUGAUGCAAAAAAGAGGAGUCAUUGGGAAGAAGUACUUAAGAAGACUUUAUAUGUAUUGCCUAGAGGUGAGGGUUGGUCUUUGAUCUUUGAAAAGAUUCCUGAUAUUUGCCCGGAUUUGGUCACAUGUGAUUCAGAUUUUUCCAAUAUUACAAACAAAAAAUCUGUUGCAUCCUGUAAGAAGUAUAGAAGUAAUACAGCAGAAGAGAAACUUGGACUUUUAGUGAAAAAGCUUCAACAAAAAAGCACACAGCUAAAAGUUCUAAGAGGAAAGCAGAUGUUAGCAAGUAGAGAAUUAAAAACCAUAAAGGAGAAAUUGCAAGAAAAAUUAAAUGGACUUAAGGCAUUUAUAAAAGUUCAUGGAGGCAGAAACCCAGACUCACACUUGAAACCAAGCAGUUCCAAGAACCAGAAAGCAGAGAAAAAUUUUAUCACUGAAACUGAGGAGGUUUUUGCUAACCUUUAUGAACUGGUAGGGGAGAAAGAAGUGAAGAAUGGUGAGCUUCAGCAGAAAGUGGCAGACCUUAAGGUUGUGAUAGAUGAAAAAGACAAAGUGAUUCAGCAAAAAAAUAAACUUGGUUUUAGAACAGAGGCAAAGGCUGUGAUACCCAUGGAGAGCAGACAUGAAAAGAAGCAAAAAGAACAUGUAUUGCAGAUUAAACACCUUCAAGAAAAAUUAAGAAAAACUAAGGAAUUGGUCAGCUAUGAGGAAUUAUGUAGUAGUCAGCUAAGGGAAGAACUAAGGACACAGAGACAGCUUUUAAUGGAAAAAGAUCAUAUGAUUGCACACAAUGAAAAGAAAAUAGCAGAUUUAAAAAGUGAUGCAGGAACUUGCAGAUCUUUUCAUGGUCAACUUGAGCAUAAAUUACACAUUGCACAUUGCUCACUGCAGGAACGAGAUGUGUAUAUUAGAUCUUUAGAAGACCAAUACUAUGGAAUUAGCCAAGAACUGAAAAAGCAACAGCAGAACCUCCUUGAUCAACAGAAAGAAAAGUAUCAUUGGAGUUAUAUAGAUAAUCAGAAAAAUCAAGGUAAACAGAAUGGAAAUGAAUCAGUGAGCCAUUACAUGGAAGAAUAUAAUAAACAUUUAGCAGAUUUGGAGAACAGAUUGAUUCAGUGCAACAAUAUUUUAAGUGAAAAAGAAAAUUUCAUAAAACAGCUACAGAAAAAUUUGUCAGACUAUCAGGCUUUUGUUAAAGAGAGAGAGUCUCAGCUGGCAGUAGGUAGAAUCUGCCAAAAAUGUUCUGAGCCUGCCAGUAAGUUUGACUGUGAACUCCCAAGCAGUUCUUGGGUCCAUUUGUCAGAAGGUGAGUUGUUAGCAAGGAAAGAUGAGAAGCUGCAUAGUGCCUAUAAAAGGAUGCAAGAAUUGCAAGGAGAAGUGGAGUACCUGGUAGAAAGGACCAAAGCUGGGUCUUCAACGAGUGAUCUGAAAGAAACGUUGGAAAUGAAGAGGAAGAAUGCUGCUCUUCAGCAAUGUAUCAUAACACGUGAAGAGAUGAAUGCGCAGUUGGAAGAAAAAUUGAGUGUGCAAAAUAAAGAGCUUGCAUAUUUUAAAGAACAGUUACAGAUGAAAAGUACCAUCAUUGAGUACUUACAAAAUUUCAUUAUUGAUAAGGAACCUAUAACAGUAAAAACUGGAAUUGAGAAUAUGGGAAUCUCUGGUAACACAAAAGCAGAAAAUAAGUCAAUUGGUAAUUGUGAAAGAGACAAAGAUAGAGAUUUUCUUGGGUCAGAUCCAGUUCAUUCAUCUCUGAUGAAAAGCAGUGCAGGACAAGUUGAAAAUCAAAUCUCUUACAGCAAUCAUGAGGAUGCCAUGAAUAGCCCUCAGAUUGGAGAAUGUUCAAAAGUUCAACAAGGAGUUCUUAAUACCCAGAAAGAAAUAAGUGCACCUGAUAAGAACGACGUAGGGAUUUAUCAAAAUAAAACAGACACAGAGACAGAGUCAUAUUGUUCUUACAGAGAAAAAGAAAGCACCAGUAUUGCAAGUUUGUUUGAGAAAGUUCCUCAAGUAGAAACCAGAAAAACCUCCAAAGAAAUUUUUGGCAGUUACAGUAACAAAAAUGUAGGAAGCCAGAAAACUAUGGUUUUACAUGGACAAAGUCAAAGUUGUUCAGGUGUUUUCACUUAUGAGGAACAUUGUAACACCACAUCUGAGUCUUCCAAAUUAAUGCAAGGCCAGAAGACAAAUGACAUCACUUUGAGGCAUGGAAGAAUGACUUUGGAAAUUAAUAUGCCAGAGAAUAGUGAAAAACAGUCUGUAAAAAAGGGUAUAAGUGAUCAGGCAGACCCAGGGUUUCAAGUACCUAAAUGUGAUCAAGGUAGAAACUUAGAAGCUGCUGAUGGUGGAAGGAAAACUUUUGCAGUAAAAAUAACAUAUUCAGAAUAUUGUAUGAGAAACAAGAACAAAAUCUUU